GUCAUCCGCGUACCGAUUUGGGUCGUGCUCCAGCGAAUUCGCGAAUCUGGAGUCCAGUCCGACUCGAGUUGCGUCUCGGCUCCGUUCUCAAGGUCGGGGUUGAACGACCUCCCCGAUGCUGAUGACCCAGGCCGGAGAGGAAGCCGAGGAAGGGAGCAACAGGGAGCGGAGGCAGUGGGAAGGUUGGCCGGGCCUCAUCCCGAUAGGUCCAUGCUACACGAGCAAAGGCCAUUUCGGAAGGUGCACCAGCUUCAGGCAAUGCUAUCCCUAUUUCAAACUACCCGAGCUCAACACCUGGGAGACGUGGGUCCUGGGCAUGUACGACACAUGCAGCUAUUUCACCGCGACGGGAAAACAGAUGUUCGGUGUGUGCUGUACCAACCCGGUGGAGAAACCUACGACGACGUCGACGCCCCCGACGUUGCCGACGACAAAAACGCCUUCGCCGGCGAUAGAAGGAGCGAGGCCGGGAAACCCGAUCCCUCCCAAUUGGCCUCCGCCCAUCCCGACUCAUCCUCCGGAUCACACCAUACCCCCUUUGCCGACCCACCCUCCUUCUCCAGGUUAUCCCGGGAUCGUGCAGCCUCAGCCUCCGACCAGGCCUCCGACCAAGCCUCCGAUGACCAAACCCCCGACCAAACCCCCGACCAAGCCACCGACCAAGCCACCGACCUCCCCGAGACCUCCGCAGUGGCCGAGCUAUCCCGGCUACCCGGGCUAUCCUGGUUACCCGACCAACCCGCCCCCGACCAAACCGCCGACGAAGCCGCCUUCGCCCGUGGUCCCGGUCGAACACACCUGCGGGGCGAAGAACGGGUACCAAGACCAAGAAAGGAUCGUCGGUGGACAGAACGCCGACUUGGGUGAAUGGCCCUGGAUCGCUGCUUUGUUCAACAGUGGAAGACAAUUCUGUGGUGGAUCUCUAAUUGACAACAGCCAUAUACUGACAGCUGCUCAUUGUGUCGCUCACAUGAGCGCCUGGGAUGUUGCCCGAUUGACAGUCCGACUGGGAGAUCAUAAUAUAAAGAGCAAUUCUGAAACUAAUCACAUUGAAAAGAAGGUCAAGCGAGUUGUACGACACAGAGGAUUCGAUUCAAGAACAUUGUACAAUGACAUCGCCAUUUUGACACUGGAGUCGCCAAUUCAAUAUAGCCACAAAGUAAGGUCCAUCUGUCUCCCGUCCACUGGGCAAAAUUAUGCAGGAAAGAUCGCAACCGUCAUCGGCUGGGGGAGUCUCAGUGAAAGUGGACCGCAACCUUCUGUUCUCCAAGAAGUGAAUAUCCCAGUUUGGACGAACAGGGAAUGCAGGGCAAAGUAUGGUCCCGCGGCUCCAGGAGGAAUUGUUGAUCACUUCUUGUGCGCUGGGGAAGAUCGCAGAGAUUCAUGUAGCGGUGACAGUGGUGGACCACUUAUGAUCAAUGACGGAAAAUGGACCCAAGUCGGCAUAGUAAGCUGGGGAAUUGGCUGUGGCAAAGGACAAUAUCCGGGCGUUUAUACAAGGGUUACCCACUUUUUGCCCUGGAUAGCAAAAAAUAUAAAAUGACUGGACAAAUUACAUUUUGUAAUUAAAUAAUACCAUAUUUUCCCAGCAUAAUU